AAGGACACAGAAUUUGUUCGACUUUUGAGGGCCGAUGCUCCUUCCUGGAAACCUGCUCCCACCCACCAGGUUAAGAUUACAAGAAACUGCUUAAAAUGUUACAUUUAUCUGAAGCCUCAGCAUCAUAGCAGAGAAAUCCCAGUUCUUUGCAAUUUUAGCACACCACCUGUCUCGAAUGGCUUCAACCAGUACCAAAACCUCGUCCUCUUCUUCCAAUCUCCCACACAAGUAUGAUGUAUUUUUGAGUUUUAGAGGGGAGGAUACCCGUACGAAUUUUGUCGAUCAUCUUUAUGCAGGUUUAGUUGCAAAUGGAUUUCAUACAUUUAGAGAUGAUGAGCAACUUGAACGUGGAGGGGAGAUUGCAUCUCAACUCUUAGAUGCUAUUGAAGAAUCACGUGUUUUUAUAGUAGUUUUCUCUGAGAACUAUGCUGAUUCCCGAUGGUGUUUAAAUGAAUUACUGGCUAUUAUUGAUACAAUGGCACGCGAUGUUAGCAAAAUUGUUUUGCCCAUUUUCUAUCAUGUGAAUCCUUCAGAUGUACGACAUCAGAGGGGAAGUUAUGCCACAAGGCAUACUUCUCCCGUUGAAGACGCAGACGAUGAUGAAGUUGCGAUGAUAGAGGACUGGAAAUAUGCUUUGACUGAAGUAGCCAAUUUUAGUGGAUAUCCUGUGGACCCAAAUACACAUGAAUUCCAGCUUCUUGAAAAUAUUAUUAGUGAGAUUUCAUCUCGCAUAAAUCGUGGACCUUUACAUGUCGGCACAAACCUGGUUGGGGUGGAUAUACGUCUGAAUGAAAUAAAGAAGUUGAUGAGCAUUAAGUCAAAAGACGUUCCAGAAGAUGUUCCAGAAGAUGUUCUCAUGGUGGGGAUAUGUGGACUUGAUGGAGUAGGCAAGUCCACAAUGGCUAAACUUAUUUAUAAUGAACUCUGUGAUGAAUUUAAGAGCAAAAGCUUUCUGGACAAAGUUGGAGACGUUUCCAAAGGCCCUCAUGGUCUACUGGAUUUGCAACAACAACUUCUUUGUGAUAUCUCACCCAGAGGAGAACAAAAAAUAAGUACUCUUGAUCAAGGAAUUCGUGUGUUACAGAGAAAGCUUCGCUGUGAAAAGGUUCUUCUUGUCAUUGAUGGUGUGAAUGCUAAGGAGCAAUUAGAAAAGUUAGCUGGAGGACAUGAUUGGUUUGCUGAAGGAAGUAGAAUUUUUAUAACAUCUAGAGAUAAAAGUUUGCUGGAGCACAAAGUGGAUAAGUUAUAUGAGCUUCCAGAAUUAAAUAGGUGCGAAGCUCUUGAACUCUUCAGUUGGCAUGCUCUUGGUCGAAGUUUUCCAAAUGUUGAUUUUUAUAAUAUUUCCCGACAUUUCGUAGAGUAUUGUCAAGGUCUUCCCUUAGCUCUCAAAGUAUUGGGUAAUUUUCUAUGCAAUAAGCAACACAAUGAAUGGGAAAGAGAGUUAAGUAACCUUGAUAAAGAACCUAACGUGGAAAUUUUAGAUGUGUUUAAAGUAAGUUUUGAUGGACUACCAUUAACUUCUAAGGCAAUAUUCCUUGACAUUGCAUGUUUCUUUAAAGGAGAGUAUAAAGAUUUUAUUAUAAAAAUACUAAAGAGUCAUGAUUUUGAUGCGGAGGGUGGAAUAAGAUUUCUCCAAAAUAGGUGUCUUCUAACAAUUUCAAAUGGGAAGGUUGGCAUGCAUAAUUUGAUACAAAAAUUGGGUCAUAAAAUCGUGCGUGAUGAAAGUCUCAGGGACAAAGGUAUACGCAGCCGAUUGUGGCAUCAUAUAGAUGUACAAGAUGUAUUGGAGGAAAGGAUGAAGGGGACCAAGUCAAUUGAAGGCAUAUUCCUAGAUUUAUUAAAACUAGACAACAUAAAUUUAUCUACUCAAGCAAUGACAGAUAUGACUCUACUUCGAUUGCUCAAAAUUUUCUUGGGUUCUGAAGUUGUUUCUGGUGAAGAGGAUUGCAAAGUGUCCAUUACUAGUGAUUUUAAAUUUCCUUCAGGGAAUUUAUGCUAUCUCUAUUGGCAUGGAUACCCUUUGAAUUCUUUGCCGUCAAAUUUUGACCCUGCGAAACUAGUGGAACUCAACAUGCCGUAUAGCAACAUAAGAAAAUUUGGGUUAGGGAAAAUGGUUUCCAAUCUAACAGCCAUCAUUCUCAGUCACUCUAAAGACCUCGCAAUGGUCUCAAACUUUUCCAGCACCCCAAAUUUGGAGAAACUAAUUCUUGAAGGUUGCACAAGCUUGCGCGAGAUUGACCCAUCUAUUGGAGAUCUGGAAAGGCUUGGUUUGUUAGAUUUGAAAGAGUGCAAGUCACUGGGUAGUCUUCCAGACAGCAUCUGCAACUUGAAAUCUCUUAAAACUCUUUAUCUUAGUGGCUGUUCAGAACUCAACGGUUUGCCCAAAGACUUGGGAAACAUGACACAUCUAACUGAGCUUUAUGCCAAUAGAACAGCUACAGGAGCUCCCCCUUCUCCAAUUCGUCGGAUAAGAGAAUUUCUAAUACGGCCCUUUAGUGGAUUACAAGGGGAAAGAGCUUACCCAUCAUUGUCUUCUUUACCAGGUUUAUCCCUCUUAAGGGAAUUAGAUCUAAGUGAUUGUUAUUGGUGGGAUGCAGAAAUACCCGAUGAUUUUUGGCGCUUAUAUUCAUUGGAAAAGUUAAAUCUGAGUGGAAACCCUAUUACAAUCAUGCCAGCAAGCAUCAAAGAACUUUCGAGGCUAAAAGUUCUUGUGUUGGGGCGUUGCAAGAGGCUCCAAUCACUUCCGAAACUUCCACCAAGUCUGCAAGAACUGGAUGCACACGAAUGUGUAUCAUUAAGUUAUGUUGUGGAGGUCUCUCUCUCUCUCUCUCUCUCUCUCUCUCUCUAAUAUGUUAAACAUUCCGAUUUUCCAU